CCUAACUUUUGGGAGGUUUGAUGGAGGAGGCCUCCGGUGGGCGAGGUCAGCGUCCACACUGACGCGCGCUGAUUGGCCACAGCUCGCGCCACUCAGAGGUUAACCCGCAGGUAAUUGGUCAGCGGAGUUCCCCUCGGCUCCUUCUAAACUUCACAUUGUCCACCUCAGACUCGGGUCCGACUGUGUGGCGCACUUGUCCCACUUGGGCCGGUGUCAAAAGCAGACCUACCGGAGGAAGCUACCGGUGCGGAUUCACUUCUCAUCCCGGUGGGGGUUUGUUACACGAGGGGACUGAACCGAUAAAAUACCGGAUCUGAAACUUUCCUCACCUCAGAAGACAGUUCGGCAAAAAGAAAAAUGGCAGACAGCACGGAGCAAGGAGUGUCUUCCUCCACUCCUCUGUUCAACGAGGAGGUGCACCACUACCAGCCCGGGAUGGACUCCGAGUUGGUCCAGCCCAAACAAGACCUCUUCAGCCUGGAUGACAUUGUGGACUUGGUCGGCGGGGCUCAGGACGCCUUGAACAGGCACAUAGCUGAAGAUGGUGCGCCACACGAGUCCACAGAAACUUCAUUCGCUCCUCCAGAGGACCCAGUAACGUUAGCAGAGCCCGUCCACGUAACGGAGCCGGAACCGGAGCCUGAGGCAGAGCCUGCGAUCCCAGACUCCACCAGCUACCCCUUUGUUCCUGAGACCUCUCCAGCUGCCGAGGAGCCUAAAGUGGUCGCCCCCAAAGCAGAACCGGAGAGUGCAAAGAUCGACCCGGAGCCAGAACCUGCCCCAGAGAGCGACGCCCUCCCAGCGGCUGAACCCCGGAAAGCAGCCCCAGCCCCCGCAGAGGCAGCAGAGCAGCCUGCGGUGACAGAGGAAGCACCGGCUCCAGCAUCCUAUGUACCUUCUCCUUCUAAAGCUCAGCCUCAUCCUCUGAUGCAAUUCCCUACAGCACUUGGGCAGAAGGGUGAUUCCCCUGCUCCCAUCUCUCCUCUCUCCCCUCUUCACUCCCCUGACUCUCUGGAGGAGCUCUCUUUGACCGAGAGUCCCAACCAGCCCCCUUCUUCAGGAUCUGCUGCACCUUUGGGCUCCUUCGCCGCUGAACCCCCCACUACUCAUUCCAAGGACAUGCCUUGGGUGGGUGAAGAGGGUGACUCUGGACUGGGCCGUAGUAAGAAAAAGGAAGACCUUCUAGAUCCGUUAGCUGGUCCUUACCUGAGUUUAGGGAAAGACCCAGGGCCUCACAAUCCGUGCGAAGACAGCGGAGUGUCCUUUUCACCUGAGGAGAAGCUGAUUAGCUCAGACAGGUCCUCCACUGGCCCCUCCCCCGUGAACCCCCAGAUGAUGGUCCCUGAGUCUCACCUUGCCUCCUCUAACCCAACAGAGCACUGGGAUUCACCAUUCCUAACAUCCCAAGACAACUCCAAGGUCUCCAUGGAUACCUUCUCCAAGGACACGCCUCCCAUUAGCUCCUCCAGGUAUGAGCAAGACCUGCAUGACAACCAGUCUGAUGAAGAUGAUGACCUGAUGUAUGAGGUGAAGAAGAAGAAUAACCCAUUUGAGGGCUAUUCCCCACUGGCGGACAGUGGCUACUCCCAUUUUGGAGACGCCAAGUCUGACAGCAGGGCCUCAAAAAUGUCAGAGAGUCCCACUCCGGAUCUUGUCCAAUAUGGCCAGACUGGAGAAUCCCAGGAUGCCCCACCAUCUUUCUUAGAUGAGGGGAAAACAUUUGAGACCAGCAAGGUGGCCGCUGACUCACUCAUGCAGUCAGUGAAUCAGUUUUCAUCUGGUCUUAAAGACGAUGACGAUGAAGAGCAGGAUUCUGCUUUGCCACCGUCGCUUCCAGACAUCCUGAAGUCUUCUCCGCUAAACCCUGACAAAAUUGACUCCGGAUCCUCAGAGGGAAGCCCGGAGGAGCAAAGUCCCAUUCUUGAACGGAGGAUGAUGGAGUCGCCCAACCCUCCAAUCAAUCUGUCCGCGAACAACCCAUUUGCCUUUGAUGCUAAAGUGUCCCUGCUGAAGGAGAUGACUGAGGAGAUGGAAGCGAGAGCAUCUGACAAAGCAAAAGUAGAGGACGACAAAAGCUUUGGAGCAUUUGAUCUUGUCAAAGAGGCUGAGGAAACCACCCCUUCAAAGGUCAAAGAGGAUGAGCCGGUCAAGAUUGAGCAGAAAGAUUGGUUUUCAAGCCACGACUCCCCCAAAAUGACCGAAAAGUUUGAGCCACUUGACUUCCAGAGCAAAAAGGCUCCUGCUGAGGAGUCUGAUUCAGAGUCACCAACAGCAGACUCACUGUCUCCAGUCUUGGAAGCCAUGGCCAAGAACCCCGCCAGCUUCCAGGUGGAAAUGGAGAAGAGGGACCUGGCAAUGGAGGUGGAGGAGCCAGAGGUGGCUGAGGAAGUCUCUGAACAUGAAGUCUCCUCUGAGGAGUUUGAGUUCAUUGAGCGACCACCCAGGGGUGUUAUUGAUGAGUUUCUUGAGGCUCUGGAUACUUCCAAGUUUGCCUCAUCCAAGCCCCCGGAGAUCCCCUUGGAUGAUGAUCUAAGCUUUGUGCAAAAAGAUGUGGCUCCAGUUUCUGCUAUGCCUCUGACAAAUGUAGCACCGCCCCCCAAGGUUGAAGAAGAGGCUCCAAGUCAGGGCUCCUACUGCCUCCUCAGUCAGGCUUCCCCACAGAAGAGCAAGGCCGAGCUGGAGAAGGUCGACAUUCAGCAGCCCCCACCCCAAGCUCCUCCCACCCAUUCCCCUGUCCCCAAACCAGAGGAGACGGUCGCUAAGAAGAGCACAGAGGGCGGCAAACUGUUUAAGAUGCCAGCCGUGAACAUGAGAGCAGUGGUGGAUCUCCUCUACUGGCGUGAUGUGAAGACCACCGGCGUGGUGUUCGGCGCCUCCCUGCUGCUGCUCCUCUCGCUGAUGGCGUGCAGCAUCGUGAGCGUCUGCUCCUACAUCGGCCUGGCUCUGCUGUCCGUCACCAUCUGCUUCAGGAUAUACAAAGGCAUCCUGCAGGCCAUCCAGAAGUCAGAUGAGGGACACCCAUUCAAGCAGUACCUGGACCAGGAGGUGGCGCUGUCUGAGGACAUGGUCCACAAGUACAGCGACAUGGUUCUGGCCAAGCUCAACAAGACCAUCGUUGAAUUAAGGCGCCUGUUCCUGGUCGAGGACCUGGUCGACUCCAUCAAGUUCGCAGUGUUGAUGUGGAUCCUGACCUACGUCGGUGCCUUGUUCAACGGCCUCACUCUUCUUAUUCUGGGUCUGAUUGGAGUGUUCAGCUGCCCGAUCAUCUAUGAGAAACACCAGGCUCAGAUCGACCACUACCUGGCUCUGGUCAACAACCAGGUCAAAGACGUCGUGGGAAAGAUCCAGGCGAAGGUGCCCGGGAUGAAACGCAAAACGGAGUGAAGUAACGCCGAGUCGGAGUUUGGAUUCAGGAAGUCCUGAGAGGAAGCUGGUUGGAGGGGAGGGGGUGUGUAUGGGUGAGGGAGGGGGGGUGAACAUGAAGGAAGGCUGGAGGGGGAGAAGACGGUUUUGGCGUGGACGCAGCCCUUCUAACUUUAUUUGUCAGAAUAAUAAAACUUUUUUUUCCAGUUCAAAAUUCCUUAUUUUGUGUUUUCUGGAGGAGCUGAAGCAGGUCGGAGCUCAGCUGAGGUUCACAACAUCGAGGUCGGCUCGAUGAUACGCAGCGUCUUUUAUGUUUCAUCGAGUGUUGAAAUGUUUGUUUCUGUCAGACCCUGAAGCUCACAGAAACGCAUUUUAAUCUUGAUCAACCCUCCCACUCCUCUCCCAGUGCAUUGUGGGAGGUCGGAUGGGUUCCUUUUGUUUUGUCGUCACUUUUCCUGCCCGCAGUCGAGCUGAGCGGAGAGAAUUGUUUUCUCUGUCUGCUGUUUGUGAGAAAGACGAGAGCGAGCAGCAAACAGAACCUCAUUUGUAUUUUUUCUUAUUUUGCUAUGAUUACUGAGUUAGAAGUGUUUCGUGAUCUCACUGUCGUGUCCCUGAGCUUCGAGCUUGUGUCCUCGGUAACCUGCUGCGUGGUGUCGCCUCGAUGUGAUGAACGACGUCUUUGAGUCCUGAUGAGGCAGCGGGGGGGAUGUGGGGGAGGGGUUGGGGGCUUGUACUACCAUUUAAAAAUAAAACAUCAUCGCUUCUGAGUAACUCUAGCUAGAAACAUCUAGAAAACCUUUACCCGACAAAUAAAACAUGAAUUACAUAUUUCCAUGUCAUUGCAGCUGUCUAGUAAUGAAAAACUCUGGAAGAAACACGUUUACAUUCAUCUCCAUCAAAUAAAAUAUUUAAAAAGUGAAAAAAAAAAAAUGAAAUGGGAUUUAAAUAAAAAUAACCAUUCUGUCUGUGGAGCCAAUAUCUUAAUAAAGUUGCAACUUGAUGUGACUUUUGGAAACCUUCAAGCAUUUGUUUGUUAUGCAAGUAUAAUUGUGAAUGAUAAACUUCAUACUUCAAUUGUGACGAUAAAAAGCUUCCAGUCGGAAGCCGUGUUUGUGGAAUGCAUUGUGAGAUGUAAACAGUUAUCAAUAAAGCUUCUAGACAAAGAAA